GUCGGCAGAGCGGCCUGAGGAGAAGCGGGCGGCGGCGGCGGCGGCUCCCGGUAACGGUGUGUGGGACCCACCAUGACCAUCCCUCAGCUCCUCCUCUGCCUCUCCCUCUCCAUGCUCUGCAUCUCCAGCAAACCCACCGAGAAGAAGGACCGGGUCCACCACGACCCCCAGCUCAGCGACAAGGUCCACGACGACGCUCAGAAUUUCGACUACGACCACGACGCGUUCCUGGGGGCCGACGAGGCCAAAACCUUCGACCAGCUCACGCCCGAGGAGAGCAAGGAGAGGCUGGGAAAGAUUGUAAGUAAAAUAGAUGAAGACAAAGACGGGUUGGUAACGGUGGAAGAGCUGAAAAACUGGAUUAAGUUUGCCCAAAAACGCUGGAUUUACGAGGAUGUAGAGCGGCAGUGGAAAGGGCACGACCUCAAUGAGGACGGCCUCAUUUCUUGGGAGGAAUAUAAAAAUGCCACCUACGGCUACGUUUUAGAUGACCCAGACCCUGAUGAUGGAUUUAAUUAUAAACAAAUGAUGGUGCGAGAUGAACGACGCUUCAAGAUGGCCGACAAGGAUGGGGACUUGACGGCCACCAAGGAAGAGUUCACCGCUUUCCUCCACCCUGAAGAAUACGAUUACAUGAAGGACAUCGUCGUGCAGGAGACCAUGGAGGACAUUGAUAAGAACGGGGAUGGCUUCAUUGACCUGGAGGAGUACAUAGGUGACAUGUACAGCCACGACGGUGACGCGGACGAGCCCGAGUGGGUGAAAACGGAACGGGAACAAUUUGUGGAAUUUCGGGACAAAAACCGAGACGGAAAAAUGGACAAAGAAGAAACCAAAGAUUGGAUCCUCCCGUCGGAUUACGACCACGCCGAGGCCGAGGCCCGACACCUCGUCUAUGAAUCCGACCAAAACAAGGACGGGAAGUUGAGCCGGGAGGAGAUCGUGGAGAAGUACGACCUGUUUGUGGGCAGCCAGGCCACCGACUUCGGGGAGGCCCUGGUGCGACACGACGAGUUUUGAGCCAAAAAACCCAUUUUUUGCCCUUUCCUCACCC